UAAGUGACGACCGCCGUCGCGCCGGAAAUCAGUAAUCACUUUGGAUUAUUCUGCAGCGUAUUCCGAAGCCGAAGAGAAGCGCACGCACGAGUCGCACGAGUCGCGAACAAAUAGCGCGACGCAAAGCGAAAGUACGACAAGGACAAGGACAAGGCUCUCCCUUGGUUGAUGAAUCUUACCGAGGCCAUCAUCGCUGGCGGCUGCCUGAGGCUCGAGGCUUCCCGGAGGAACGAAAUUAGGAAGACAGGCCGGGACAGGAAGAGAGGAAGCACGCCGACAGCAAGCCUGGCGACACGAAGACAAUUAACAAGAAAGCUGAUAACAGAAUUGCUUUUCGAGAGUUGCAUUGACUGUGGAAAAAUGUCUUCCAUUCCGCAGGGUGCUUUCGCAGUAUGGAAAGUCCGCGAUAACGACGAACGCGCUGUUUCCAUGUUCGCGAUGGAGAAAAAUGAGAAGGCUGAAGAGAAGAAAGAGAAUAUAUUUAAUUCGAGGCCUCCUCUAGAAGGUUGGGAACUGACGCCGCUUAAGUACAAUAGCAAGCUGAUGAACAGCAUCUGGGGCUUGUACAAUCGCUAUUCGGUGCACAACUUUAAGAAGAACACCGAUGCCGAGGAGGGGGCCCGCGGUGGGGUGGCCGCGGCGAUCUGGGGUGCCAUUUUGGAUAACCAGCCCCCGGCCGCCAACGCCGCCGCCGCCUCCGCCACCGCGGAAGCCCCCCAGAUUAUGAGGACCGGAAAUCGCCUCUAAACGCGACGCGGCCACGUGACUUCAAAUAACUACUCAGAGAUGAUAGUUGGGAAUGAGAGCGAAUUGUGCAGCUCAUAAUUAUAUAAAGUGGGAUAAUAAAUGUAUAAAUACGCGUAUUUAGAGAAAGUUACGUGUGUAUAACGAAAGGCGUAUUAUAUACUAGUGAUUAUACAUAUGCAAAUUUUAUGAGAGCUCUAAAUGGAAUUUUGACACUUACACUUUGAAUUUUCGUCUCGAUUACGCUAUUAUCAAGUUAUUUCAAUAUUGUUGUCUGUAUAACAUCUUUUUAUUGCAAAGUUAUCUUUAUUACUGUUUCGCAAUAAGACAACUCAAAAUCAAUCGUGCUGCUAUGAUACAUUAUUGCAACAAUAGAAGAAGACUUAACCCAGAGAAGAAGUAUUUUUCUGUUUCGUCUAGGGAUGUAUUCCUUGAAAUCGAAUCAUCUGAUCAAUUUAUCUGGAAUCGAGACAUUUAAAUGCCUUAAAUUUAUUUUUUGCAGGCAAAUAUUUGUAUGAAAAAUCGACAUGUUUCUUUUUAAAUAGUGUCGAUAACGAAAUUGUUGAAAAUUGAGCUACGAUUACGAAAUAUCGCGAAAUAUUCACGAUAUAUGUAGUGACUGAUAAUGAAUCUCAUGUGAUCAUUUAUAUAUUAUUAUAAUAAAAUUGAUAAAUGAAUAAAUCAAA